AUGUCCUGGUCCAACUGCAAAAGGGCUGGACACUGGCUUGUAGCAAACAGAAAUACUUUGGAAGAGAGGACAUCAAAGAGGAAAAACAUUUCAGGAUCACAUUUUGAAUUGCAUUCUGGGAAACAUGAAAAGAGACAACCAGAGAGUGCUAGCAACUGUUUAGAUGCACAGCUUUUUCUUACACUGUGUUGUGUGGAUAAGCCCUCUGACCUCUGUUCUGUUAACAUCAGUGGCCAGCGUUUGCAAACGUGUAUUUUUCUAAUUUUAAUCUAUUGUGCAUUUAGGCUUCGUCAUCUAAACUUACAAGGAAAUUACAUCUCAGGAGUCCCAUUCUUAGAAAAGGUGGAGACAUUACAAGAUGCCCAGACAGGCAUUAUGCCACAGAGCAUCGGACAGAAUGUGAACACAGUGAAUGACGAGAGGAUAAAGUUCUCUGAAAUCACGAUGAGCCAGCAAAAACCAGAAAAAACUGUGAAAGAGGACAAAGCAUGUCUCGAAAUGCAUUCUGGUCCCUUACAAUACUAUCAUCAGAGAAAGGAGGAUGGAUGCGCUCAGGGUCUACCUUUUCCAGAACUUUGUCAUCUGAAUUUGGCCAACAAUGAGAUAGCCGAGGAAGAGGCAUUGUUGCCCGUGGCAUUGUUUCCAAAGCUCAGUGAGCUUGUUAUUCACUCAAACCCCUUGACAACACAGAGGAGUGGUAAGCUCACACUUCUUUCAUUUUUUGUUAUAGGCAAGCUGGGUAUUAAGAUAACACGCAAGAAAACAACUGAUCUGAUUAAGCGACAUGAAUAUUUACUAAAUGAAAGGUGUGUGAAAACCACACUUUCAAAAUUUCCUUCGAUCACGGCAAAUCAACAUUCUACAGAAACGCUCUUCUCCAAGAAAUGUACUGGACCAGAUAAUCCUCUACCCUUAGAGUAUGGGUUAACUCAUGUAUUUGGAUUCUCGUCUCAAACAAGCAUUGACGAUGAGGAAGACAUUGACAUAGGCCAGGAGCAUUUUGACUUGACAAGUGCAGACAUAUUCUUUGAGACGAAUCAAAAUGCAGAGCCGUUCUUUGUGACAGAGGUAAUUUUAUUGCACCUAGAAACUAGAAAAGAUCCAGAUGUUUCAAAGGAAACCGAACUGGAAAAAGGCUGCAAAGCAUGUCCAGAAAAACUGAUUGGUUAUGAAAUCCUACUUGAUGACACACCUGAGCUAGAAAUGCCUGAGUUUUCUGGAAUUCAACAAGCCGUUAGUGUUUUGGAGCACAUGCUCAAGAACCUGCUUGUGUAUAGAGAUUCUAAAGCAAAUCUGGACCUUCCACAGAAGCCGUACACCGAAAGAGAGAAAAAGAUUAAAAAUUUGCCUCCUUUGGGACCAAAGAAGUCGAAGGGAAAAAAAGUUGAGGAACUUCUCUACCAAAUAAAGGAGGCAAAAACAAUCAAAGUUCCCUUAGACAGUGUACUGGAAGGAGGGAAUGGUAUUUGUAAGAGAGAAUACGAGGAAGCACUGAUGCUACUGAAGGACAUGAAAAGGAAGUACAGGACGGCUUAUCUGAAAAGAGUGGAACAGGCAGCACAGAUUGAGAAUGAGAUGAUGUGUAAUCUAAACUAGCUGGUGCUUUACUUUCUGCUUUUUCAUGAAUGAGUUAGUUUUAGUUUGCGAUAAAACUAUUAAGAUAUUGGAAAGAAGGUGACAAAUUGUGUGAUCUUUGUGUUGAUUACAAAUAAACAGUAUAUGUCAUUGCUGUCAGAUAUAUUGAGUUUGCAAUAAAUUUAUUCUCCUCAUGUGCUGAGAGUUUAUAUAUCUAGAUGGGCAUGUGUUUUACCUCACAUUCGUCU